AUGAAGAGUACUGAGAAUGAAGCAGAAGUGGAAACUGUAGCAAAGGACAAACAACCCAUUAAUGAUAAGAAAGAAGAAGUGGGAAGAAAUGUGGAUGCAUUCCAAGGGUGGGUUACCACGGGUUCAGCUUGGUUCCGAUCCGCUAAAGAAAAGACCUAUACAACCUUCGAAUUGGUCAAAAAAGACCUGACUGAGUUCAGCGAUGUUGUAGCCAGUGAAGCAAGCGCUUUGGCAAAUACUACUGUUGAAAGCGUCAAACAGCAAGCGUACAAUUUGCAGCAAAUUAUGAGCUUGGAAGAAUAUGAUAAGCAGCAUAAAGAGGAGAGUAAAAGAAUGGAAAAUAAUGCAAAUGAAAUCAAAAAAUCUAGCUCCACAUAUGCUGGAUGGACACCAAGGCUACCUUCAAUGCCUACGAUAACAGACAAUUCGUGGAUCAAAGCAAUAGUUGAUACAAUGAGAAAUAUUGCGCAAGAAAAUACGGUUGAGGACGAAGAUGAAUUCACAGAAAGCAUUUAUUCACAUAUAAAACCUAUAAGCAGAAGCGAUUUGCCUCAUCAUGUCCUGUAUGAAAUUCAAACGAAUCCAGAUACAUACAUGAAAAUUCCGGAAGGUGAUAAGGAAUUAUUCAAAAUGUGGUGCGAUGAUUUCAAGUUAACUGAAUAUGACAACGAAAUCAAUGCUUUGCUUGCUAAUUGUCCUCGAGUAAGGGCCUUAUACCAAGAAAUGGUACCUGAAGAAAUUGAAAAUGUGGUUUUUUGGGCGAGGUACUUCUAUAGAAUUCAUCAGAUGGAAUUACUAAUUCGAUGUAAAGUGGACGCUGAAAGACGGCUGCUACAAAAUGAUGAAAAUGAAACGCUACAGGAGCAAAAGUCGACAGAUUUCGAAACAAGAAAUUUGUGUUCUGAUAGUGUCGAGAGUUGUCUUGAUGUAAAUGCAGAUCGGACACAAAAUCAGAACAGCCCAGAUAGACGAUCAGCAAUGGACGAAAGUUGGAGCCUGUGUUCCAGUACAAAUGUUGAUAUACAGGAAUUGCAUGAUGAAGACGACCCGCGGACGCCGAAAGCUGGUUCAAAUAACUCAUCUAGCAAAAGUGAUGGAUGGAUUAACUGGGAUGAAUAG